CCCGUCCAAUUCAAUCUCGGUAAGUCCAAAAACCUGCAACGUUCAUAACCACUGUGCACCGAAAAAAGUGUGUCCACCGCACUUAUCCGUUCUGGCUCCAUUCUCGCUCUCCGCAAUUCAAACCACCAGCACCCAAACAUUUUUCUUCUAUUUCCGUUCCCCCCCCUCCGAACAUUAUAACCACCAACCAACGAAAACGUCACCUACUCUCCCCGUCGUUACCCUCCGACUACUCCUCUAUCGAAUCUACUCUCUUCCUCUCUCUCUCUCUCCCUCUUCUACCUCUCCGUCGCCCUCCUUCGACUCUCCCACUUCGACCUCCCGUCACCUCCCACCAACCUCAACCUCAUCUCCCGUGCGCGCGCUUCCGUCUCCGUCCCUCCCGCUCGGCUAUGUCUUACUACGAUAACCAGCAGUGGCCAGCCACCGCCGCCGGUCAGGCCACCUGGGAACACCAGACCCCCCCCGCGAGAUCAGGUGCCAGCUCCGUCGCGCCGCGCGAGGACUCAACCGCCUUCGGCUCCCAGUUAGAGGAGGUCGACCGUGCGGUCGAGAAUCUCUUCAAGAGCGGGAAGGCCUUCAGCGCUCCAGCCCGCCGGGACUCCGCGCCCCUCGGCGCACCCGCACGCUCGUUCCCCGAUCAAUACUCCGGUCCACCUCGCCACAACUCCGUAAGCGUAGGCGCCGGCGGUAACGACUUCAGCGGCGACGCGCGCUCCUUCUCGGCGUCGAACCUGCAGUCCUUCUACGCGACGCAGCGGCACCAGCCGGCCCGCGGCGCCAGCGAGGCCGAGCAGGUGCUCCAGGCCAAGAGGCGCAUGGCGGCGCAGCGCGAGCGCGAGCUCCGCAACUACCACCAGGAGCAGCAGUAUAACCGCACCGCCCUCGCCGAACUCUCCGCCUUCGGCACCAAGCCCGACCGAGCCCUCUCCCCCUCCACGAUGUCCAACGACUCGCGCCGCGAUCUGAUUGCCCGCCAGCGGUCCGCCCUCUACGGCGACUCCACCUUCUCCGAGGGCUCCUUCGUCGAUGAGAACGGCGUCACCCGCCAAUCCACCCCCGCCCAGCCCGGCCGUGGCCACUCCCCUCUUGCCUUUGAGGCACCCGCCCACAAGGACGCCGCUGCUGGCGCAGUAGGCACCCCCGCCGAGGAGCGCUCGAGCCCAUUCGAGAACCGCGGCUCGAGCGGAUCCCCGGCUGCUAACUCGCCGCCGAACGCAAAGGGACAGUCUGGCAGCGUGGCGCCAAUCGGCACCCGCCCAGCGGCAACUACUGCCAACUCUAGCAACUCCACCGCUACCACCGGCACCACUACCCCCACCACCUCCACCGCGGCGCCUAACCAAGCAACCGCCCAAAAGGGCCGCACUACCCCCCUCCCCUCUCCGCUGAGCUACGGCUUCGGCGCCCCAGCGGCACAGGAGAAGAGCGAGGAUGCCAGGGAUGGCGCUGCGAACGCGCAGGCCGGUAAUGGAAACGGUAACGGAAACGGCGGCAUGGGAUGGGGCAAGGGCGCUGGUGGCGGCGUAUGGGGCAAGGGCUCCCUCGCCGUGCAGGCCAGCGUCUGGGGCUAGAUGCUGCGUGUAAGAGAACUUGAUUCUAUCGGUGUCUGGGUUUUCUCACUGCGUACCUGGAUGGUAUGGGGGUAUACGGGAGUCGACUUGUUUUGUUUGUUUGGGCCUGGAUAUGGCGGGGUGUAGGUCUCUUGUCGUCUGGUUUGUUUUUGGCUGCGAUUGCCGGACGGAUGGGGUGUCUGUCUGACUCGGUCUCUUCCGAGACUACCUUUUUAAUACGGGAUGGUGACUGCUGGUGGGGUGGAUUUUUUAUCUUCUUUAUCCGGGCGCGUCGGUGUGCGUGGUGGAGGGGUGCUGUCAUUGUCACGGGGAGUCGGUGAGAAAGAAGCAAGCAGCAUGGGCGGAAAAUGGGGAGGUGGAAAGGAGACAACGUAUAGUAGAAACGGAGGGGCAUGGAAAUCUGGGUUAUAGGGAUAGGGAUUUGCACAGCGGGAAUGGGAUUUCAUUUUGUUUUUUAUCGGGUUGUUUUGGGAAUUUGGGGAUCUUUGGGCUGGGCUUUGUUUUUUGGGGGGGAUUGUUGGGGAUACUAAGGCGGGGGGUACAUAUUACGUCGUCCAAGGUGGACCUUUUUUAAGAAACAACAAAAAAAUAAGGAUAUUUUCGGGAUUUCUGGGGUUCUCUUUUCUCUUGGUCAAGAUGGGAGUUUGGAGGUGAACAUGGGAGUGCUGGCGGUGAUCUGAUGGGUUGUCUUGGUCAGGGUUUUUAGGUAUGAGAGACUAUUUCUGGUGCAUGUGAGGCCUGGGAAGGGCGAUCGAGGGUCUGCAGUGUGUAUUGUAGAGUAGAUGAUACUCAUUCUGUAAGCAUCUGGUACUCAUUAUCUGC